GACAAUCGUAAACAAAAGCAUAAAAAGUGACUCGAUAGAAAUUUUAUUACAAAUUUCCAUAAAUAAUUAUAAUUAUUGCUAAAAAUAUUUCACAACAAAGGUGUUAGUCACAGUGCCACAUAAGGUGUUCUGUUCGAAAGCGGUUUCCGAGCAGUAAGAAGAGUGUUAAAGUUCAUUUUUUUAGGCGAUGAGCUCGAAAAAAUUUUCCUCGUCUGCAACGAGUAAUCGUUCGCCAGUCGAUGACUGUCUGCCUUCUACUUCUGGGUGUAGCAAUUCCAAGCAAAUAGUCAACACUCCAACAUCUCCUACUAAAGAUAGCAUUAAAACUCUGGGCGUGACCGCGGAACCAACCCCCUAUAAAUGGGUUAGUUUAAAUGUUGGUGGAAAGGUUUUCACGACAACGUUGAGCACUUUGCUUAACAAGGAACCGCGAAGUAUGCUGGCUCGGAUGUUUGCCCAGGAGGAUGCCAUGUGUCCUAGUGAUAAGGACAGUCAGGGCGCGUACUUAAUCGACCGGAGCUCGCAAUACUUUGAACCGAUUCUGAAUUACCUGCGUCACGGACAGUUGAUCUACGAUGGCCAUCUGAGUUUGGAAGGAAUUCUGGAGGAGGCCAAAUUUUUCGGUAUUGAAGGUUUGAUACCGCAAUUGGAAAGUUUGGUUCAACAGCAGCAGGCUGCCACUAUGGAGGAUAUGCCGCUUUCGCGGCGGGAUGUCAUCAGUGCUCUAAUCAAGACUUCCCAGAUGACGGAACUGCGAUUUCAGGGUGUCAACCUAGCGGGUGCGGAUUUGCGAAAGCUGGAUCUGCGCCAUAUCAAUUUUAAGUAUGCAUGUUUGCAGCGAUGCAACCUAUCGCUGGCUAACUUGAACUACUGCUGCCUGGAGCGAGCGGAUCUCAGCUUUGCCAAUCUGGAAGGCGCCCAGCUGCUGUCGGUGAAGGGCCUGUGCGCUAACAUGGAAGGUGCCAAUUUGCAGGGUUGCAACUUCGAAGAUCCGACCGGGGUGCGCAGCAACCUGGAAGGAGUCAAUCUGAAGGGUGCCUGCUUGGAGAACAGUAAUAUGGCCGGUGUCAACUUGCGGGUUGCUAAUUUGCGGAAUGCAAAUUUGAAGAAUUGCAAUCUGCGAGCUGCGGUUCUGGCUGGGGCUGAUUUGGAACGUUGCAACCUUUCCGGGAGUGACCUGCAGGAGGCCAAUCUACGUGGUGCUAACUUCAAGGAUGCUCAGCUAGAAUUGAUGCUAACUCCGUUGCACAUGUCCCAAGCGAUUCGUUAGAUUCAAGUUGAUCAUAUCGAACCAAACAGUUGAUAGAUUUUCAAAUAACUUUCACUAGCAAUUGUGUCGCAAUGACGUACCACAGGAUGAAGUAUGUUAAGUUUUUUAGCGGGUGUAAGGAGUUAUGCAUAUACGCAAUAUAGUAAUCUGCUCGAAACAAGCAAAUGAUGCAGAAAUGCAACGGGUUGACUGAAAAAAAAUUAGAGCUGAUUGAAGUGCACAGGAUAGCACCUAAUUAGCUGCAAUAUUACAAUUUAAACUAAUUUAACGAGUUAGUAUCUAUUUGAACUGUAAUUGCUGGGCAUUUAAACGUAAAAUGUCCCUUAGAAUAUUACCCUUAAUAAAACGCAUGCAAAUA